CCUGAGUUUCGGGUUUCACUGCGGUAGGAAAUGGAGGACGCACCUGCCUGAGAAAACACAACUGUUUUAUCGACAUUUACACGAACUUUCUCCACGUACUUUUGACGGAUUGUACGCUGGACGCUUUUAAAGCUCUUAUGUUUUAAUAGAUAUCAAGAAAAUAUGUCGCUGGGUGUAAUAUUUACCCUCCUUUUGUUCACAGGUGUCACCACAGGCAUCAAUGUGAUCUGUACUUAUCCACGUUAUGUGGUCAUAAUGUUCCAGCCAGUGACGCUGCGUUGUGAUUUCACCACCACGUCUACAACCCCUCCACUGAUCACCUGGAAAUACAAGUCCUACUGUAGAGACCCGAUCCAGGCUGCGUUAAACCCCAGCAGUGCUGACAAUGCCAUCGCUCAGUCCAACCCAAACUACAAUCCCAACAUAGAGUGUGCAGACAGCGCCAGGACCGUUCGCAUAGUCGCUUCCAAACAAACAGCCGUCACACUUGGGAAAGAGUAUCAGGGUCGUCAGAUCAGCAUCACAAAUAAUGCAGACCUUAGCAUUGUUCAAACUGCAUGGGGUGACAGCGGGGUGUACGUCUGUUCUGCUGCCUCCGCUCAGGACCUUUCGGGAAAUGGAGAGUGUUACACAGAGCUCAUUGUGCUUGAGAGAAAGUCAAAUACUACAGACCUGCUGCCUGGCAUUGAUUUACUGAUCAUGGAAGACUGGUUGUUAGUGGUGUUGGUGGUCCUGGGUUUCCUCUUGCUGUUGCUACUGAUUGGGAUCUGCUGGUGCCAGUGUUGCCCUCACACCUGCUGCUGUUACGUCAGAUGCCCCUGCUGCCCGGAGCGCUGCUGCUGUCCCCGCGCACUAUAUGAGGCUGGUAAAAUGGUGAAAUCUGGCAUCCCCAGUCAGUAUGCAGCCACUGCCUAUGCACAAAGCAUGUACGGCCAGCCUGCUUAUGGAGUUGGUGCAGCCAUGCCGGGCAUUCCCAUGAUGCCUAUGCAAAUGGCCGUUGGUGGUCCUCCAUCGAAUGGCUAUGGCAGAGACUACGAUGGAGCCAGCUCAAUUGGCCAAGGAUCUCAAGUGCCGUUGUUGCAAGAACAUGAUGCAGGAGGAAACCGUAGUGGAUACCGUGUCCAGGCUGACCAAGAUGGAAACCCAACACGUGUGCUUUAUUACAUGGAGCGAGAGGUUGCCAAUCUCGACCCCAGUCGCCCAGGGAUCGCUCCAGGCAAAUACAGUCGUCUGGAUGGUAUGAGUGAGGUAAGCUCACUUCAUGAUGGUCUAGACUCUCGAAAUCGUGGUCGAGCCAGACCUCCUCAGCUUACAACAGUGUACGAUGAUGUGGAUGAAAACAUGAGCACCAUCAGCAGUGUCUCUCAGCACAUGCGACGGGACGAGCCCAGGCGGGGAGCUGACAGUCGAGGACGCGCUCGAUCCAUGGAGAACUUGGACGAUAUUGGCCAUGGUUACAGAGAUCGAGAUGACUAUCCACCUGCACGCCGAGACGGUGGACCCAGGGGUGGUAGACGAGGUUCGGAUGACGAGUGGAGCAGUAGUGGACGAGGAUAUGACCCAGUUGAUGACCGUCGACGCCGUGAUUAUUCUCCUGACAAUCGUCCUCGGCGUGGAGACUCCUUCCGCGGAGCUGGUUUCCAGGGUCGCCGCACCCGUAGCCGUGAUGACCUGAUGGAUCUGGUGCGUGAUCCUGGCCGUGGAGGCAGGGACGCAUAUGACGACAGCUUCCUGAGGGAGGCCAUGGAAAAGAAGAAGCUCGGCGAGCAGCAAAGAGGCCGCAGCCGCGAACGCCUCGACAGCGAGAGCGACCGAUCCGACCGCUACAGAGGGCAUCACAGUGGACCGCCACCUUUACCACUCGUACCGGCCUCCGGAAACCCUGAUCGCCGUGGAAACCACAGCAACUUCCCACCUCCGCCCCCUCCCUACACUGAGGACACUGACAGUUUGCCAUCAUCCAAAAAGAGCAACUUAAAAAAGAAUGGAGCUGUGAGCAGAGAGAGUCUGGUGGUGUGAGUCCUCUUCUGGAAAAGAUGUGUGUGCGUGUAUUUCCUCUGCACUUUCACCUCACUUCCGGGGUUUUGUGUUCAGGUUAAAUGCAGAUAACGUUUUUGUGUAUAUUGAAACGUGAAUUUUGUAAUGUUUUUACGACAUUUUUAAUGAUUGUUUUAUAGCUACAGAUAUUUUUGAUUCUUUCACUGAUGUGCAGGCUCAUUUAUGAACUUGAAAUAGUAGAAAAGAAACUGAUGUAGUUUUUUACCGUAUGUUGGGACAUUUUUAGCUGUAAAUACUCAAACUAUGACUUCUGACACACAGCAUCAGCUGUACGCUUUACUCUCUAGUU